AUGCGAUUCUAUUUCCUUCAACAGAUCUAUUGUAUGCUUCUCUUGACCGACCACGCUUCUGUGCUCGCCACUUUGUACCCAGCAGGUGAAAGCAUUCCUAGAAUACCUUUCGAUUUAAACGAGUUCCCGCCGGAUGCAUCUCCUACCACGCCCCGAUUCGGCCCCUUACAAUCGACCCCUGAUGCUUCGAAGAAAGAUUCUGUUGCACAAAGCGACCAGGUGGGACUGCAUUCGUCGACCUCCACAUCAAAGAUCUUUCCGGUGAAUGAUCGUUCGACUAAUCCCCUCAAGCGGAAGAAUGUUGAUGCUAGUAUAGAACAAGGACAACCGAUGGCGCCGAUUGACUUGGAUCAAAGACAAAAGACUAGUAUAAAAUACCAAAAUAACUGGCUAGUCGAGAAUCCGAGUCAACCGGAAGGUAUGACAGCUACCACCGCCAAAUUGCAACAAAAAGAAAAGCAAAAAAUUGAAAACUUCAAGAAUAGGCAGAAUGAUCCAUGUAGGGAAAUCAGGCUCAGCCGACUCGAAGAGAAUGAAAGAAAACAUGUACCGUUCGAUGUUCAGGACUGGAGUUUUGUCAAAAAAAAAUCAAACACGCAAACUGAUGAGGAAUCACAGGGCGCGUUCAAGGAAAACUACGUUGUGAAUCUAUUCCAAGUCAUGAGAGAAAUAAAAAGGGAAAUUGAGAUAGACCUCUUCAAAAAAGAGCGUCAUCAAACCAGUAAUGAAUAUUUCUGGAUCCCCAAAGAGUAUGCGCCCAAAUUUAUUACCCUGUUUAGAAGGGUAUCAAAAUCAAGAAUUCCCUAUCCAGACCCAACAAUCUUACCAGAUACAGCAAGAAAUUCACUGAGGUUGAAAACCAUCUUAAUACUGUCAGAUGAGAAACUUGAUAUUGAAGCAUACACGGUUUUCUCAAAGGAGAUAGCAGAAUACAUGUCCCUAGGAGAUAGCAGAAUACAUGUCCCUAAAGCUUCAUAA